AAUAAGAAACGAUACGAUUUUGACUUAAAAAAUUUCGUGAAAAUUUAUUCGGCAAGUUUUGUUUUCUGUAUUUGCAUUACAAGCAAUGAAUGAAAGUAAUGUCGCAAUCCAAUUGCCAAUUGUUUGGAAUUAAUGUCUGAUGGCAUUCAAUAAGUAUGUGAGCGACAAUCCUCUUAUACUCAGAGUUUGUUUCCGCUGAAAGAGUUAGUUCCUAUCAGCUGCAUUUUGAGUUUCCUGGCAAGAUUCCUUUAGCAACAGGUGUCUACGAUCGUAAUGUCGCAAAACACAAGAGAAAACAAUGUCAGCGCGCUCGGAUAUGAGCAUACUCUUAUGUAUGGCCAGUAUAAAGAGGACCUCGAAGCAUAUGCAAAAGCAGAAGCAAAAAGAAUUAAAUCAUUACAAAAGUUGCGAAAGAAGGAGGAGACAAUACGAAAAAAAGAGUUAAAAACUUAUCGAAGUGCUUGGCAGCGACGCGUUGCAGGCUAUUUCACAUCAAUUUGGCAUCACACAUUUGCAAAGCUGGGAGAAGAUUGGGUUUUUUUAGCAGUUCUUGGAAUUCUUACAUCAUUAAUAAGUUUUGGAAUGGACUAUGCAAUUGCCAUAUGUUUGAGAACUCGAAUUUGGUUAUAUCGUGAUUUAGCGAGGCAUCCACUUUUACAGUAUUUAGCUUGGAUUGCAUUUCCUCUCACUCUUAUUUUAUUUGCAUCUGGUUUUGUACAUAUCAUUGCACCUCAAGCAAUUGGUUCUGGCAUUCCUGAAAUGAAAACUGUAUUACGUGGAGUAGUGUUAAAGGAAUAUUUAACAUUUAGAACCUUAGUUUCUAAAGUAGUUGGAUUAACAUGUUCAUUAGGAAGUGGCUUGCCCAUUGGAAAAGAGGGCCCUUUUGUUCAUGUUGCAAGCAUUGUCGCUACACUACUUAGUAAAUUGGUUACAUCAUUUAAAGGCAUUUACGAAAAUGAAUCUCGGACAAGUGAAAUGCUUGCUGCUGCAUGUGCAGUCGGAGUUGCUUGCAGUUUUGCUGCACCAAUUGGAGGUGUGUUGUUUAGCAUUGAAGUAACAUCAGUAUUUUUUGCUGUUAGAAACUAUUGGAGAGGCUUCUUUGCUGCUUGUUGUGGUGCUAUGGUUUGGCGACUUCUUGCUGUAUGGUUUAAAGAUGAAGAAACUAUUACAGCUUUGUUCAAGACAAAUUUCUCUGUUGAUUUCCCCUUUGACCCUCAAGAACUUUUAGCCUUUGCUCUUAUAGGGGCAUUUUGUGGUUUUGCUGGGGCUUUAUUUGUCUGGCUGCAUCGUCAAAUUGUAUAUUUUAACCGAAGACAUAAAACUAUGAAUUCAUUUUUGCAAAGAUAUCGUUUUAUGUAUCCUGCUGUUAUCACCAUAGUUAUUUCUAGUCUUACCUUUCCUUUGGGACUGGGCCAGUUUAUGGCUGCAGAGCUUACUAAUCAUGAAAUUAUGAAUGAGUUGUUCAGCAAUAUUACUUGGUCUGGAACAAAUUUAGAAGUAGAUGAUUCUAUAGUUGUCAGUCACUGGAAGACUCCGUACACAAAUAUUUUUGUUAAUCUUGCUGUUUUCAUUGUGAUGAAUUUUGUAACUACUACCAUUUGUGCCACAUUACCUGUUCCAGCUGGAGUUUUUAUUCCCAUAUUUCGAAUUGGGGCAGCAUUUGGAAGACUAGUAGGAGAGUGCAUGGCUGCUUGGUUUCCUGAGGGCAUACGAAUGGGAGAUAAUAUUUUUAAAAUUUUGCCUGGAGGUUAUGCUGUAGUUGGAGCAGCAGCUUUAUCUGGGAGUGCCACUCAUACUGUAUCAACGUCUGUUAUUGUGUUUGAGUUGACUGGCCAAAUGUCUCAUAUUUUGCCUGUGAUAAUUGCUGUUUUAAUUGCUAAUGCCAUUGCUCAAUCACUUCAGCCUUCAAUAUAUGAUAGUAUAAUACAAAUAAAAAAACUGCCAUAUUUGCCUUCAAUUAUUUCAACUUCUUCUCAGGCACAUAAUGUUUACGUUGAUGACAUCAUGGUGCGUGAAAUUAUUUAUGUUUGGCAAGGUGCUACUUAUAGAGAAAUAAAAGCUAUUUUGAAAGGAAACAAGAGACUCCAGUCAUUCCCUUUAGUAGAGUCUUCAGAAUCAAUGAUUUUAUUGGGAUCUGUUCAAAGGAUGGAACUUAUGCGUUUAUUGGAACGUCAUUUAGGACGUGAGCGCAGAUUGCAAGAAGUUGCAAGACGGCAGUCUGUUGAUGAAGGAACUUACAAAGCUGCUCAAGAACAACAGAGAAGAAUGUCAAGAUUUGAAGUCAUUCCAGUUGCAAGUUUUUCUAGGUCUUCAUCUCGAGGCUCUCCCCCUCCAUCUCCUCCUAUGACUCCAACAUCUCCUAAGAAGUCAAUCCUCAAACAUUCUCCUAUGCAUUCUCCAUAUUCUACUAUUACUUCAAGUAUAGCUCAUGAUUCUAGGUUACGUGCUGCUUUCGAAGCCAUAUUUAGGAAAGCACUUACUCUACAAGAUGCCAAUCCAAGUGAAAAGUCAGAUAAUAGUGGCCCUCCCACUCCCAAUAUUCCUAAAAGAGUGCAAUUGCCUAAAGAGAGAGUAAUUGAUAUGUCUCAAGAAGAACAAUUAGCAUGGGAAGAAGAUCAACUAAACUCACCUGUAGAUUUCAGUAAAUGCCACAUUGAUCCAGCACCCUUUCAAUUAGUUGAACGAACUUCACUUAUUAAAGUACAUUCCUUGUUUUCAAUGUUGGGCCUCAACCAUGCCUAUGUUACUGCAAUUGGUAGAUUAGUAGGAGUGGUAGCAUUGAAAGAGCUUAGAAAAGCUAUUGAGAAUAUGCAAUCAGGUAAUUAUAUCAGAAAUCCACCAACUACAUUUGAAACUACAAGCAUUUUGAAUAAUCCAUACAUGGCAGCCGAUUGCCCAUCAGAGCCUCCUUCUGAAGCCCCAUCUGAAGCUCCUUCUGAAGCAGAAACGCCCUCAGAGUCUGAGGAAAUAACGGAGAGAAAUAGAUUUAUUUUUAACUUUAAAAACAUCCAAAGAACUAAUCAGACAUCACCAGUUUGAGUCAAAUCAUUUUUCCACUUAGGGCUAGUUCAUAUUAUACUUUUUUUUACAUUUUGAAUACAGAAAAACUCUUUUACAUGAUUCUUUACAUCAUGUUUAAUAGUCUUUCACGCAUUGCACUAAACAAGAUGUUAAUAAUAUGAAGUAAGUUUUGUGCGUGCAUUUUGUAUAGGUGCCUUAUGUGCAAUUUUUAAUGAAUUUACUGUGGUGAAUGUUAAGAUAAAGAAAUUUUAUACUUAAAAAAAGUGAUAUAAAUGGUGUUUAUAUAUGAGUUUAGCUUUAAUUCUCUGGAUCUGUUUUCUACUAAAUUUAUGGAAUUAUAAUUAAUCUUUUGAAUGUAGUGCUUAGCAUGCAAAUACCUAUUUUUCUGGCCUACUUCUUGUACCAGAUGUAAGCAUAAGGUUAAGAGAAUAACAUGCACCUACAAGAUUCAAAAUAUUUUCUUUUUUGAAUUGUUUUUAAAAUUAAAAAUUCUAAAAUUGUUUCUGCAUCAUUUUACAAAGUUCUUAUAAAAUGAAAUCAGACAGUCUGCUUUUGAAUAGAGCCUCAAUCAUGACACUCCUCUCUAUAACAUUAUAUUUAAGAAUUUUAGUUAUACACUGGAAAAUGCUCCGUAUAAUUUUUCCAUUUUCAAAUUAAUUAAUUAUGUAAAAAAUGCUGAUCUCUUUUGAAUCAAAAAAUAUUUCCAAUUUUUAACUAGUUUUUUGUAAUAAUAACAAUAAAAUAUGGAAUCAUAGUCCUAUUUUACAGAAAUUUGGAACAACAGCUUUUGAGAGAUCAAGGUCACUACAAAAAAUGUUUUGAAGAUGGUCUAGCUUGUUAAUAUUUCUAAAUUACACGAUUUUUCAAAACAAUUUAGUGAUUAAAUUGCUAUUUUAGGAUCAUAUUUUUUUUAAUGUUAUUGUUUAAGGAAAUACAGCAUGAAAAAAAUCAUUUUUUCAAAGAAUUUCAAGGUGCAUAUCAAUCCUUAUGGAGGGUCAUAUGUGUACAAUUUUUGCAUGAGUAUAGGUCUGAUUUUUGAGUUAUUUGAAUAAAUAAUUUAAUGAAUUAAUUAAAAUAUGUGCAGAAAUUAAUAAUUUGUUUUGAAUAUGGAAUAGCAAUAUACAGAAUAUUUUGUUUUAUAAAUUUUAGAGUAAUCUAUUAAUUUUUAGUGUAAUAUUGAGAUUAACAUUCAAAUUACAGCUAAGAAUAAAAGUAAAAAUCUAACCAGGUAACUAUUUUCUUGCAGUUUGGAACGUUUUUACCUGUAAUUUAAAAUAUGAUACAAAACUUCAAUAUUUGAAACUAUAAAAAAAUUGCAAGCCUAUUGCAAAAUUUUAAUGUGAAACAGUCCAGAAAAUCAACAAUGAAAUUCAGAUUUGUUCAAUAGGAUCUAUUAUUUGUUGAACUUGAACGAUGGGGACUGAACUAAAAUUUCUAAAAUUCCCCUUCCCCCAAAAAAACUACUUAGUAAUCAUAAUGACCCUCAUAUUUAGUCAUAGAUAAACAUGCUAAUUUAUGCACUUAUUGUCUUUUAGAUAACUAUCUAGAUUUAAUUCGAAUUCCAUUGUGCAACUU